UUUUUUUUCAACUGGAUGAACUAUGUACAAUUAUCGUUUAUGGAUAAAUUUAUUAUAAAAAUCGGAAUGAAUCUUAUAUCUCAUUUCAUCCUCUGUUAUGUAAUAUGUCAUAUUAAAAUAUCAUAAUAAGUAGCAACACCUAACAACUGUAUUAACCAGAAAUGCACAACAUUAAUUUAUACAAUUCCUAAAAUACAUAUUACUAAAAUCACUUGAUCAGUAUUAACCAGUGAUCAGUUAAACUACAAUAGAAUUUAUGUUUGAAUCGGAUCAAAUAAUCGACUAUUUUUUGCCCAGAUGUUUACAAUUAAAAUGUUCCUAAUUAAGAUAAAACAACAACUGAGAGUACAUCCAUUAAUAUGAGAAUAUAUGACAAUAUCUGAUUAUUUACACAUAUAAUCAUAUGAUAGUUAUGCAUCACAGAAUACACUUUUACACAGUGAAUAGUUUCUAUUGUAUAUUGUUGAUUGUUUUUCUAAUGUGUCAUUGUGAAAAUGUGGAAAUUCUUAUUCCUACAGGAAAAAUAUUUAAUGUCAUUCUACCAAUAGAAAAUUCUAAUCAUGAUUUCUGGAAUUUACCCAAUUGUAUUCAAUUCAUUUCAACUAUGAAUAAAACUAAAGAAAUCAAUAUAACAUUCAAUGGAUUAUGCUUUCAAUGUGAUACAAUAAAUAUAAACAAUCAGUUAUCUUUUAAUGAAAAUGUUACACAACUUAAUAAACCAAUAUUUAAUAAAUCAAUUGAUUAUAAUUAUGAUUAUACAAUUUAUUUAAAUAGUUACCAUGUAAAUACUCAUUUAACAUUGAAUAUUCAUUCUAUUCAUUCAAAUACAUCAUUACACUAUGCAUUAGUUAAUUAUCAUAAACAUAUAUCAAUGAAAUGUUUUAAACAAUCACCAACAUUAUUAUUAUUUAUAUUCAAUGUACAAAUAUGUAAUUUAAAUUAUACAGAACGUAUUGAAUUAAAGAAUAUGAUACAAAUAUUCAUGGAUUUAAUCGAUAUUACAUAUUUUAAUCAUUCCUUAAUUAGAUCUAAUCAUGAUCAUGAUCAUGAUAAUAAUGUUCAUUUAAUUUUGGAAUCAUCAAUCAUUUAUGAAAGGAAAUUAUCCAUAUUGGCUAGCGCUAAAGCACAUAAUUAUAUCAGAAAUUCUAAAUCAAAUUUUUCCCAAUUAAUUAGCAUACAACAUAUUGGAUGUGGUAUUAUACCUGAUCAUAUAUUGAAAAUAUUAACUGUAUUAGAGAAGAAAUUUCAGAUGGGAUUGAUACCAAUUUGGACAUUAUUGAAUAAUACAAAUUUUACUCGUUUUGUGAAGUUUAAAAAUAUCACGUUGGCUGAAUGGAUUGUUGGUGAUCUAAUUCAUAAUUCUUUGGAUGAUGCAACACAGACAAAACAAGAAAAUGUAAAACGGCCUCUUAAUAAACGAUCUGCAGUGUCGUCACGUGAAGCUGGAUAUUUAGAAGAAGGUUCAGGAAUGGCUUUGUUUCAACAAUUUUCAAAAACGGAUUAUCGUUCAUUUUUAGAGCAUUCCAGUUCUGAUCUAAUACAUUCGAAUAUACCAAGAGUUAAAAAUUAUAUAACACCAAUAAAAACAACAGUGUAUCAAAUAUCUAAUGUCCAAAUACCACAGAAUACAUUCUAUGAUCUUCAAGAUGGUUAUACACAAAACCUCAAACUUACAUUAUACGCUUCAAAUCGCGAAAAUAUUUCAUAUAUUGAACUUAAGUCUAUGGAAAACUUGAAUCAGGCUAUCGGUGAAGAGAUUACACGUGAUAUAAAAAACUGGGUGUCGUUUGAUCCAAAGAAUCAGAUUAUACGACUUAAACCAUUACCAGACCAUGUUGGAAAUCAUACACUCAUUGUAUGUGCAACAGAUAGAGAUCAGAAUAGAGCUUGUGAACCGUUUCAGAUAAUUGUGAAGCGUCCAUCACCUUUCAGAAAGAACUUUAUUUUACGUAUACCUCCAGGUGUAUUUUGGUGUUACCAAGUACCUAUUUAUUGGUUCAAAGAACUUAAAACUCUUUCAUUUGAUAAAUUAGAUUUGGAAGUGAAAGGUGAUUCACCAUUUUCAUGGAAUGUCCAAACUGGAGAAGUAUGCGUAAUAAGCAAUUUGAAAAUAUCACAAAUUAUAACACUUUUUUUUCAUGCAACAAAUGUUAAACUUGCUCAAAGUGUAGAAAUUGAAUUUCGUUUAUCGGCUAAAGUUCCAUCAGUUCAACUUUUGGUAACCAAUACUAAAUUACGAAUGAAAUUUCAAUGGCCAAAGAAAUUAACAAAUUAUGAAUUAAAUACAUUAAACAAGAUUAAUUUGACUCUUGCAGAAACAUUACAAAAUCGAAUUAAUCCUGAAGUUACUUCAGAGAAAUUAUAUAUAUAUGAGAUCAUGCAAUUUAGAAUUCCACAAAAUGAAUCUGAUAUAGCAUCGUUUGAAUUGGAUUGGAUAUUCCUACCAUUGGGUUUACCAAAUGACGGUGAAGAAAUAUUUCUUUUAUCUAAUGAUUCUGCUAUAACUAACAUUCAUUCAUUUCAAAUGAUACAAAACACAAAUCUACAUAACGUUAAUCAACCAAUAAACCUUUAUGUACAAUCACAUAAUAUACCGAAACUUUCUAAAUUAUUAACCGAUUGUCAAUUAUCUAAUUUGGAUAAAGCUGAAAUUACUCUACAAAAUAAUAAAAAUUUAUUCAUUCCCUUCAUAUUAGAGUCUGUAAAGUUGUUAAAUUUAGAAAAUUCAGCUUGUUUUCUAGCUAAAAAAAUAACAAAACAAUUAGAAGAACAAGCAUAUUCAGCUUCUCAACAAUCAAAUGAAAUUGGGACAAAUUUAAGUAGAUGGUCAGACAGUCAUUUGUAUAUGCCAGCGAAUGUUCAAUUUAUGCCAAAUGUGAUACCUAACUUCACUGUUAUUGCAGGUUUACGAUUCAAAAAAUCUAUUAAUCCAAAUAAUGUUACUCCAUCUAAAAGAAUUCAAUUUAUGGAAUUAAGAGAUGCUUAUGGACUCAUUCUUGAUGAUUCUAGUUGGAUGACUUUAACAUUAGACAAUUCACACUUAAUCGGUUUACCUCUUAAUGAUCAUAUACGAAAACAACCAUAUUUAUUUAGACUUUAUAUUCAUUCCGUUGAUCAAAAAACACCUAUUACAAUUGGCUUUACAGUAGAAGUACAAGAUUGGUUUGAUACUAUGAGAAAAGAUAAAUCCUUUCAAUUAAAUCAUCGUGUUCGUUUACGUAUCUUACCAUCAAUUCAAACGUCAACUAGUCAAUCAACUGAAAUAUGGCCAGUUAAACCAUCAAAUUCAUUAAAUUAUAGAUGGAAACUUUCAAAUGCAAUUGAUAAAUUUCUUCAUCCAAAUUGUUCACCACCUUGUAAUCCAGACGUUGGUAUCUGGCAGAUAACACAACAAAAUGUAAACAGUCUAUCAGUCACAUGGGCUCAACUUUCAUUGCUUCAAGAACAAGGAAAAUCGCAAACAGAUGAAAAUUUGUCUAACUGUCCAUGGGAAAAAUUCGAUCAUUUACAAAAUUUACUUAUUUUUGCACCAACUUUAGUUUCAGCUCAGAAAAAUCUAGGUCUUGUCACUGGUCUUGCUAACGAUGGUCAACUCUAUCUAUCCCCUUGGUCAGCACCUUCGAAUCAUUUUAGAGCACAUAUCGAAUCAUCUGAACUUGGAAUAGUUGAAGCGGCUGUAGUUGAUCGUAUGGGAAGUUGUGCACGUCAUACUAAUAAGUUCGAAGGUCAAGAACUGAUGGGACAAUCAAUGCAAAACAGAUUCUCUUCAUUCUCAAGUUUAGAUAAUGAUGUGAUUAUGAAUUUCACAGUAUUUACGGGUGAAGGUUUUCGACGUAAAAUAGUAAAUGAUGAUACUUUGGCAACAAUGUCUCGAGGCAAUGUUCAUUUAUAUGAUAUAAGUGGUAGACAAGUAGGCUCAUCACAUUGGAUUGGUUUAGAGAAAGAUAAAUCAACAAUAUUUGGCAUCAUUAUUGGCAAUUCUGUUCAACCAUCAAGUCAUAAAUUUCAUAUAACGGAUAAUCCAGAAAAGAAUGUGGGUGUUCAAUUUUCAAUAUAUGUGGCUGGAUCCAAUCCACAACUGCCAACAAAUUUCAAUCAUCGCGUAGUAAUGCACUUUAGCGCAGAUCAUGGUCGACCAUGGACAGGAGGACAUAGUCUGGUAGAUAGAUGGCUACUGAUUUCAGCUUUGGAUGAUUACCUUAGACCUCAUUGUAUGGGAAGCAUGAUAUGUAGAAAUGAUAUGGAUAUUAUUUUACUUACACUUAACUAUCAAGCCUCUGGAUUUUCUGUUAUAUGGGCUCAAAAGUCUAUUUUAAUUCUUACUGAAAAUAUUCAUUUAAAUAAAACAGAAUUAUUAGAUUCUUAUACUCAACAAGAAUAUUGGAAUCAAUGGUCUAAACAUAUACAUCAUACAGUUAAACGUAAUAUAGAUUUUAAUCAAAUUCCUUUACAAUUAAAUAAACAAUCAAAAUGUAAUAAUCAUCAUGAUAAUUGUCAAUCUUCAUUAUCAACUAUACACUUUACUAAACCUAUUUAUGAACAAUAUAAAAAUGUAUAUAGAAAUAAACGUCAUUUAUAUACUACAAUAAAUUGUCCUGAAAAAGAAAUAAUAAAAUUAGAAAAUCGUCUUUUAUCAGAAAUAAGAAAAGAUUUACAACAACCAUCAAUUGAUUUUAUAAAACAUUUAAAAGAAGCUGGUGUAGGUCAAUUAGAUGAAAUACAAAUUGAACGACUUGGUCCUUGUAUUCAAACACAACAAGCUCCACCAAUUUUCAUACCUGGACCUGGAUUUGAAGGUAAUCAUGAGACGUUUAUUCCAAAUUAUGAAAAUAAAAGAGAAUAUAAAGAUUUAGUUGAUAUUGGUUCAUCUAUAUCAUCGUCAUCAUCAUCCUCAUCAUUAUCAUCGUUAUCAACUUCAUCUAUACAGGAUGAAAUGAAUGGAUCAAGAAUAAUUCUACUUGGGACUCUUUUACCAGUUUGUAUAUCAUUUAUUAUACUAUUAUUAGGUAUAUUAGCAUUUGUAUGGUAUCGUAAAAAUGGUAGAUCAUGUACAGAUGGAUUAACAUCGCAUACAUCCAUUGUUAAUAGUGGACAUAGUGUUGUAAAUCUAGAAACUGAAAAAAUGUUAACAACAAUAACUAGUCCAAAAAAAUUCACAAGUAAUGGUCGUCAGUCAAAAAAUACAAAACUAGACAAUAUGAACAGUGGAAACACUUCAAACGGAUCUGAUAAUACAUGUUUAUCCCCUACAAAACCAAUGAUAUUAAUUAAUGAACGACCACCGUUUACACCACCGGACUAUAAUCCAGGAUUUACUGACUCCACGGAUAGACUACCUAUGACACAUUUAUCUCAAUCACAAAUUCCAUUACAAAAUACUAAUGAAACAAUAAUUACUGGAAUGAUGGAUAAUAGACAAAAUCAGACAAAAACAAGUUUUACUUUACGACCUAAUCCAUAUAGAAAUUUACCUCCAGCAAUUGAAACAAAACCAGGAAUGCCUUCUCCUGCCUCACAAAUUCCCUAUGCACCAUUUCGUAAAAUUAUGACAUUCCCUAAUUCAUCAACUGAUAACAAACAAUAGAUAGCUAUCUAACUACCUAUAAGAUAAGUGAAAGAUUUAUAUCCGUCACAAUGUGAAAAUGUAUCAUACAUGUAUUAUUAUUAUUUUAAAAGAGAACAUUUUUCAUCUUAUCUAUUUUAUUUUGUCUUUUUGGGUUUCAUUUCAUUUAAUCCAAUCCGCUUUAUUGUUAUUUUUUAUGGAACCACUGGCAUUUUUUUUUCUUAUCAUUGAUUACGUAUAUACACGUACAUAAUUGACAUUUUACUUUCAGUACGAAGGUAUCUCAUAAUGAUUAUCCUUGAAACUGAUCAUUUCAUUCGGACAAGUAAAAUCAUGUUAAUAAACUAGCCCAGAUUGUUUUGUUUUCUGCUUCACGAUUCAUAAACGCCUUUGUUUAUGUAUACUUUUUUAAAAUAAAAAAAAUAAAAGAUGAAUUCGUGUGUAACGGUUAACUUUAAUGCAAAAGUACUUUUUACUAUUAUCACUGUUUGUUCUGCUUGUUGAUAAAUUACUUGAAAGAAUAAAGAAUACUGAAAAAAAAAGUUUUUUUCAUUUAUUUUAUGCUCACAUUUUUCUUUAUUUAUCAUUGUUUACUAACUUUUCUUUCUUACUUUCCACUAAGUUUGUUCAUUCACAAUACUGUACUGUAUUAAUAUGUUUGUUUAUUAGUAAUCUUUAUGAGUAUAACCACAAUUAUGUAUAUUAAAUGUGUAAUUUAUUUUGCUUAGGUAUUUUAUUAACUGAUUUGUUUAAUGGAAAAAGAAACUGAUGAAGUUUAAUCAUUUAUUUAUUCAUUUGUCUAAGAUGAAUAUCGACAUUGUGAACAGUAAUCCUUUCAAUAAUCAUCCUCUUGUAUUCUUCGAUCUCCUUAAUGUUAAACUUCUUUUAUUUAAAAUGUAUUAAUUUUAAAACAAUUUUCUUGUAUAAAUUUCUGUCCAAUGGAUAAAUGAAACAAAACAAUGAUGAAGAUUAUCUAUUUCAGAUUAAGAUAUAAUGUAAUACCGAUAUGAUCAAUAAAGUACUAUCUUCAUUCGGAAUUAGAUCAGUUGAAUAUGAUCUGAAAUCUGAAAUCCAUUUAUCAUUGUCAUCAUUAAACUUGUAUGAAAUUUUUUUUAAAUAAUCGUUAUUUUUAGCUUACUUCCAUUCAAUGUUCAUAAAAUAAACAGAGAAUGCUUAAAAAGAGUUUAAUAUUUACGUUUGGGGGGGGUUCUUUUCCUGCUCGUUAUUCAUUUUAAUCUAAAGUUUAUUUAUUUUUACUCUCAUUGUUAUUGAAUUGUUGUUCAUUCUUGUUAUUUUAUUUAUGUGUUCUUCUCUUUUGCUUUUUUUCUUUUCUACUUUCUUUCACUUUUCCAUAUUCAUUAUUAACUCAUAAUGAUGAUAAUCGAAUAAUGGAACAAAAACAUAAAAAAGAUGAACUUUAACAACAACAAAAUAUACAAUGAUUAUUUUCGUAAUUAGCAGAAAAUUAAGAAGCAUUGAAUAAUUGUUCCAUUCUUGUUUAGGAAUUUAAAUCAGUAUGUAUCCACCAGUUUGCACAAAAUGAUGGUAAACCUAAUAGUAUUAGAUCUAAACAAAAAAGUUUUAAAAGAUACACAUUUGUAAUGUUAAUCAAUUUACAAAAUGAU